UCAGAGCUAUAUUGUGGUGCGGAGAUCUGGAGAAAUUGGGUUGUGUUAUACUCGAAUUUGGUUAAAUCGAAAUAGAUCAGUCCGAGCUCGACAGCGAGAUAGUGAGUGAGACCAAUCGAGGGGCAGAUAUCAUCGGAGAUGAGGAAGAAGCUCGGCACUCGGUUCCCCGCGUCAAGAAUAAAGAAGAUAAUGCAAGCAGACGAUGAUGUUGGCAAGAUUGCAUUGCCUGUUCCCAUUUUAGUUUCAAAAGCCCUCGAGCUAUUUCUUCAGGACCUAUGUGAUAGGGCUUAUGAAGUGACUACCCAGAAAGGCGCAAAAACAUUGAAUUCUUCACACCUAAAACAAUGUGUAAAGAUGUAUAGUGCAUUUGAUUUCUUAACGGAUGUCGUCAACAAAGUACCAAACCUUGGUGGCAUAGAAUCCGUUGGUGAUGAGAAGGGAAUAACGCGGAGAAGAAAAGUAGUACAUGAUGGUGAUGUAUUGACAGAAGAUUUAAGGUCUGCUAAGAUGGCAAUGCGAAGCGCAAAUGUGAGUCCUCGCGGGCGCGCGAGAGGCCGGGGACGAGGUCGAGGACGACCGCCUCUAAACCGCACGAUCGAGAAAGGGUCAUCCUACAUGAAAUUUGAGGAUGAAAUCGAGCUCUCGCCGGAGCACGAUGAUCCUGAAGGCGUGAAUGCAGAUACGGAGGUCACGGAAAGGGCGAAGGAGAGCAAGGAUCCAACAGAUACAACAAUCACAAACACCGCAGAUUUGUGUCCAACAAAAGAUUGCUCUGCAUGGCCUCUAUCUGAUGGGGUUGGCAGUCUUGGGAUAGAGCCUGCAAAUAUGGUAAACUUGAACAUGCAAAUGGAUGAGGAUGAAGACUAUGAUAAUGAAGACUGAUGAUGUUUUGUUGGUGAUGGAGAUGAUGAUGUGUAAUUAUUUUUGUGGGUAAUGAAGUUUGUAGAAAUAGAAAUUAGCUUUUUUUUAAAACCAUUUAUUAUGCUUUUUAUA